AUGGAGGACGCCGAUCACAAGAUGUAUGCUCCGUUUGUGCGUAGAGGACGCGAUGGCCUUCUCUGCGACGGCGGCACACGAUUGCUCAGCGAAUUUACACGAGACGAACUCCUCUGGCUCUUUCGUACUGACAUGGAAGGAAGCCACCGAUCUAAUAUUCACAGUGUUGUUACUGUGCCCUCCUAUAAACCCUCGGUUCGCGAUGCCGCUGCCAACUGCCUGCCCGAUAUCCCAACAUACCCGUAUCAUUGGAUCGAUUUCUGCAAUAAAUCAGUACCGCUCUAUCUUUUGCCAGGGAAAAGAUGUCUACUACUCCGUGUUGUACUUCACAACUACAUUUACCGACGGUGGUUUCGCCCAUAUCGAAGCGAAAUCGACCUUUUGCGCUUCAUCUGCAAGUUCAUAAUCCCAGAGGACCUGCCUGAUAACACAAAAGUUUCUCCAUCAACUGUGGAUAGUAUUCUCUCCUUAAACAAGGCUGUUAUUGCCAAAUUUGAAGAACAACGCAUUGACAAAGUUGAAGAGCGCGCUGCGACCCGAAACUGGUGCAGCAUUUCCUGGGGUGAUCCAGAAGACCUAGAUCAUUACAUCCUCCAACCAUUAUUCCGAGCGUUGGUUAUUAUUGUCUCCGAUGAGAAAUACAACAAAGAACCCUCCACAGCACUUGGGAAUCUUCCUGUCUAUUUAGCUCGAACAGGGGUGGAAGAAGAACUCAACGCACCUAUUUCGUUUGAGCCUCUCGCAGCCAAGAUCAUCAAUUAUGUCGAACCUGGAUGUGUUAUUCAAGUCACUCUGGAGACAGCCAUUGAUUCUGUCAUUGGCCUAGAGGCCAGAGAGGCCGCUGCGUUUGGACUUCGACCUGAUCCAACCGAUUGGAAACCGAGCCAAGACAUGCUCGAGGCUUGA